AUGUUCGGAUGGGGCUUACCGCCUCCUCCCUCUCGUAACAACCAUAAUAAUAAUAUGGGGAGCCCAUUUCCCUCUUGGGGCAGUGGCCCUUCAUGGUGGGAUGUGAUUUCGGGAGGUAAUAACAACAAUAAUGGAGGUGGAACUGGAGGCGGGAGCGGAAAUGGAGGCAGUGGUGGAACCGGUGGCGGUAGCACUGGUGGAAAUAACGGGGGCAGUACUGGAGGUGGGAAUAGUGGCGGCAGCGGCGGAACUGGUGGUAGUGGGGGCAAUAGUGGAGGGAGCAACGGUGGAAGUGGUGGAAGCACGGGCGGGAGCAGCGGCGGAGGCUCGGGGAACAGUGGCGGCAGUGGCAGUGGGAGUGGAACGCCAAGUAAUGGUGGCUCGGGAAGCGGGAGUGGAAGCGGCACCGGGAACGGAGCCUCGAAUGGUGGAAACGAACAGCCUGCUACUCCUCCACCAUCACAGGGAAACAACGAUAACAGCAACUCGCCAAACCCGACCCCAAGCAACCCCGUAUCUGAAACACCGGUCGCCGCUUCACCGGCAGGCGAGAGUAGUCACAGCCAGAACCCCUCGCAGUCAGGGUCUGGUGGAAGUGGAACGCAAUCUAGCGCCGAGGAAGGCUCAAGUAGAGGCGCCGACGCUGCCCUUCCAUCGUCCACAGAAUCUUCGAGCACCCUGAACCCCAACGGAUCUGUGUCUGGCAAUGCCAAUACCAAUGGCAAUCCUUCAACUUCGCCCGGUGACUCAAACGGCGGUUCUGCGUCGUUACCCGGUUCCAGCGGGAACUCACCCGCAGGCAUUAUAGCGGGAGUGAUUGUCGCUGUUGUUAUCAUCCUUCUUCUCCUCGUCUUCCUCUUCCGGUAUCGUCGAGUAAAGAAGGACGCCACCCUCGCCGCAUACGGCCGCCGCGACCGCGCCCUCUUCGCCAUCGGAGCAAAGAAGAGACCUAGCAAGAGAUCAUCCACAGUUCUAGGAGGGCUACUCAUCCCCUCAGCCGCAUCGAGAUCCGCCGACGACAGUCCUCCCUUUUCAUCGAGCCAGCCGGCCAUGGCGGAGCACCCUAUCAAUCCUAUGCCCAUCGCCCAUCGUCGCUUCAGCACGAGGAGCGACGAAACCGGCACAACUAUGCCCCCUUCUCCUACCUCCACCGUCUUCGGCGGUACUAUUUCCAUGUUCCCUCUUCCUCCUUCUCAACAUUCCCUGCCUCAAUCGGUGGGGCAUCCAUUUCCUCCCACACCCGCACCACAACGGCCAGCGCAGUACCCGACGCAGUACCCGGCUCAGUACCCAGAGCAACACCCUCGAGAUUCAAUCAGUACUGUUUCCCAACUUUCCCGCCCUAGCGAGAUUCGAGUGUCCUUUUCCGACGUGUCGGGACUCAGCGACACGGGGUCCACCCAUCACCACGACAUGUAUUACGCCACCCAUCCAACAUACCAACCCGACAGUCCAGCCGCGGGCCCUCCGAGAUUAAACAGCAUUCCACACCAACAUCAGCGAGUGGAACAGCUUAGCGGAAUGCAUAGGCACGGCCAAGCACCACCGAGCGCGGGGAAUCGUGUCUAG